AUGUUGUACAGAACCGCUGCUGCCCGCUCUGUUCUCAGGGCCCUCUCUAGCUCUAAUGCCUCCGUCGCCCGCUCGACCCUCACCAGCAAUGUUUUCAAGGCUCCUUUGACCUCUGCCGCCCGCUAUCCCGCUCGCCCGACGUCGUCUCCCAGCCUUGCUUUGGCCGCUCGCAAGCCUAUCACUACUGCUCUUGUCCGAUACGCCUCCUCUGUGUCUAAGGAAGAACAUGGCGAGGAAGAGGUAGAUAUGAUGGCCGGUAUUAAGGGUGAGGCGAAAGUGAUCAAGGACACCUUCAGCUUGGCAGAUGUCCCGAAGGAGGCUCUCUACCUCGGCAUGGCCGGUGUCAUCCCCUACGUUGCCACUUCUCUGGAGACCGUUUACCUUUCCUAUGAGAUCGGCAAGGCUGCUUCCAACGGUGGUGAUGGUCUUCUGUUCUCCGGCCAGAGUGCGGAGCUGAUGCUCCACAUGCUUGAGCCUAUUCAGGUCGGAUACGGUGCUGUGAUACUCUCCUUUUUGGGAGCUAUCCACUGGGGCCUCGAGUGGGCCGGAUAUGGCGGAAAGUUCGGCUACAGGCGUUAUGCGGCUGGUGUUCUUGCGCCCGCCGUUGCAUGGCCGACUCUAAUGUUCCCCUUCGAGUAUGCUUUGAUCAGCCAGUUCCUCGCCUUCACUUUUCUGUACUACAAUGACGCCCGCGCUGCGGCCUGCGGCCGUGCCCCCCACUGGUACAGCAUGUACCGAUUCGUCCUGACCUUCAUUGUCGGCGCCAGCAUCGUGGCCACCUUGGUUGGCCGUGAGCAGGUUGCCAACACUAUCACUUCGGAGCACACCAUCACCGACAAGGUCAACGCUCUGCUGUUCUUGAAGAAGAAGGAGGAGGAGGAGGCCGAGGCACGCCGCAAGGCCGAGGCCGCCGAGGAAUCUGAGUGA